UUUGAUAAUGGCUAUGUGUUUUUUGCACACAUUGAGGUUUGAGGUUAGAGGGGGAGGAGUUACUCCUAGUGGGGACAGAGAGUGGGGUAUUUUUUUGCAGUAUGUUAACACUUACUGCCUAAACGCAGGCUUGUUGGACCAUGUUUUUUUAUUCUUUUCUUUUUCUCCUUGUUACUUCUUUGGCUGAUGGGAUGGAGAGUGGUAUUAUUGGAGGAAAAGAAGCUAAACCUCAUUCCAGGCCAUACAUGGCAUCUAUUCAGUGCAGAAAUCAUCACACCUGUGGAGGGAUGCUGAUCAGAGAGGAUUUUGUACUGACAGCGGCCCACUGUUUGAAUUACAAUGUCAAUGAUCAGGUCCACUUGGAGGUUGUUCUGGGAGCUCACAACCUUACCAAGGUGGAAAAGAGCCAGCAGAGAAUCCCAGUGAUGAAACUCAUCCAACAUCCUAGGUUUAAAAAGAACAACGAGCACGACUACAGCUAUGAUAUCAUGUUACUAAAGCUGAAGAAGAAAGCCAAGCUGAAUAAAUAUGUGAAAGUUAUGCCUCUUCCUAAGAAAAGUGGAAAAACACCAGCUAAUGUUAAAUGCUCUAUAGCUGGUUGGGGGUCGAAAACAGCAAGUGGAAAACGGGCAUCGGAUGUGUUGCGGGAAGUCGGUCUCAAACUGCAGUUCAGCUUUGAAUGUAAAAACAAGUGGCAGCAGUACUUCGAUUCUGAGAGAAUGAUCUGUAGCGCUUCAGAUGGGAAACAUGCUUUUUGUUGGGGGGAUUCAGGAAGUCCUCUUAUCUGCAAUACCAAAGCACAAGGAAUUGCUUCAUAUACCAUUGAUAGCAGCUGUACAAGUACCAAAUAUCCUCAAUCUUAUGUAAAAAUCUCAUAUUUCCUCCCCUGGAUUAAAGAGAACAUUGCAUAGAUAGAUAGAUUGACUGAUAGACAGUGGAUAUUUUGAACCACUUGUUAAUCUGCUUUAAAUACUAUUUACUUAAACUGUGCUCUGGUUACUGAUUGUUUAGCAAAUAAAUAAAUAAAUAAAUCCCGCAAUAA